AUGCCAAAUUACUUUAACGAUACGUUGGACGAAGUAGCAGCCACAGCUGCUGCUGCUGCCGCAUCCAUUGUCAAUCAUAGUGAUCUGACCACCGUGUUUGAUGAAUGGCUUGCAAAUGAUCUCGCGGGUUUCAUCUCUGAAGGUGAUGAGGAUAAAUUCUCAUAUUUCCAAACGGCAAACACGACGGCAACAGCGGGUGAUGAUUUAUCCACAUCAAGUGAUAAUCUGUCACCUAUCACGUCAUCAACACUAACAACACCUAGUGCGAAUCUUGGCUUUGAUGUCCAAUUAUCGAUUCUGUUAUGGAUUAUUUCCCGGAACUUACUUUCUCAGAUCUUGCAUUCAAUGAAUUUGUAG